GACUCAUGGAAUCUCCUUGUUUAGAUUGUUCUUGUUCCUACUUCCUACAUUUACAACUGCCUUAAUUUUGGUUUACUUUAUUAUAGGACGUACAUUAGGCCACGGAUUUCCUUCCGUCAUUGAACUAAAAGCGUUACGUUUCAAUUAAAAAUUAACUUCUCUUUCAAAAUCUCUUCCUUGGUUGGAAUGAUCAAAUGGAUGAUAAUCAGCAUCAAUACCAUCGGUGCAACCGACGAGGCACCCCAAACUGGCGGUGCAGUGAGAGAGCUUUGACCGGAAAGUCUUUAUGCCAUAAACACUAUCUCUAUUCCUUGCAAAGGAGUGGUAAAAAGGUGGAUACGGAGAACAUUGGUGAAAGUGGCAGUGAGGGUGGAACUCAAGUGUGUACUCAAAGGAAGAAGCGAAAGCGUCAUGUAAUUGGUCAAGGGAGUAUAAAUCCCGUGGGGGUGGAGGAAGUAAGGAAGCAUGACGGGAAUGAACAAGUCAAAGUCACCGCUGGAAAUGAUGGUGAUCAAGGAACUCAAAGCUGGUUUGUUGAAGGCAGUGGUGGUGUUGAGAGUGUUUUGGAGUGGUUUGGUGAAGAUGGUGGUGUGAAUGGGGGUGAAACUUUGAAGCUUUGGGGUGUUGAAGCUGGGUUUGGACUUGCCAUUGGUGGGUCUGGUGCAGCUACUCCUGGGGUUCAAGGACGGUUUGGUGGAGAAACUGGUGGACAUAAUGGUGAGGUCGUUGAUUGCCAAGGUUGCAACCCAUGGUUUGGUGUAGAUGGUAUAUUUGGCAGUCUUGGUGGUGGAGAAAUUCAGAUGGGUGGGUCUGGUGGGGUUCCAUUUGGAAAUGGUGGAAUGGGUCUUGCUGAUGGACUAAUUCAAGGCCUAUUUAGUGGACCAAAUGAGGGUUUGAAUGUUGGUGUUGAAGGAACCCAGUGCUUCUCUGGUGAAGCUGAGUAUGACAAUGUGGAAGGUAAAGGCAUUCAGGGGUUGUUUGAUGAAAUUGCAUGUGGAAAUGGAUGUGAAACCCAUCUUGCUGGGGAGGGAAGUCGAGGUCAAGAUGGUUACUUUGAAAAUGCAGGCAUGCAUCAAGAGAGUACGGAUGGGGGAGGGCAGGUUAAGGUUAAGCGUGGUAGGCCAAAGGGUUCAAAGAAUAAGAAGAAAAUUCUAGGUGCUGAACAAAGUAUGGAAGGGUUAAGUGAUGGUAAGGUUAAAAAGCGAGGCCCCUUUAAGGGCUCAAAGAAAAUGCAAAAAGGUCUUUCAGGUGAAUGCCACAAUGGAGGAGAUGAUAUUGGUAGAAGGAAAGAAGAUUAUAUCAGAAAUGCGCGUUCAAAGAGAAGAAAGGAAGAUGUUUCUGUAGAGGCAAAUGAAACUGUCUUGAAGACUAAACGUGGUAGGCCAAAGGUCAAGAAUAAGAAGAAAAUUGUUGCCGGCGAACAAAGAAUCGAAGGGCUAAGUGAAGUUGGUGGUGAUGGUAAGGCUGGAAAUGAGAUUGUUUGCGUAAUACAGAAGCAAGGUCCGCCAAUGGGCUCAAAGAAGAAGAAGAUUAGCCUUCCAGGUGAGAAUCAAGACAUGUCUUGUCAUAUUGUGGGGGGCAAUAAUGAUGGCGGAGAUAAAAGUUUGAGGCCUGAUUGGGAGAACGAGAGAACUACCUUUCUACUGGCAGGAGAUGGGGUAAUGCCUUGUGAAGUUGCCGGUAACGAUGCUGGAGGAAAUGAUACGGGUAGAAGGAUAGAGAAACAAGGUCAGCAACAGGGGCCAAAGAAAGAGAAGAAAAAUCUUGCCGGAGAGAAGUGAGAAUGCGCGCAGUUGAGAGGAGGCGAUGGUGGACCAAAGGGUUCUAAGAAUCAGAAAAACUUUGUUGAAGAAAAUCAAGAUAAGUUUGGUAAAGCUGAGGGUGGUGAAGGUGCAGUUGGAAUUCAGAACGGAAAUAACAAUGUCCUACCAAAGAAAAAUCGUGGCCGGCCAAAGGGUUCAAAGAAUAAGCAGAAAAGGCUUAGUGACGAAAAAAUUGGACUUUCAAGUGUACAACAGACCUUGCAAUCAAAGGAUAAGCAAUGUUUUCUUGAAAUUUCGAAGGAUAAGAGGGAAAAUAACGAAGAUAGUGAGACCCAGGGAGUGCCUGUUGAAAUUGUGGGGGUUUAUUAUGGUGAUAAAGAGACUGUAUUAGUGAGGACUGCCCUUGUAAGGGAGGAAGAUAAGGUAAUGCCUGGUGAAGCUAUUACAGGUGGGUGUGAGAUGAAUUCUCUUGUAGACAAGGAAGGUAGGGGAAUUCCCAUUGAAAGAUCUGGUGCUAAUGAAGGUAAAAAUGAGAUUAUUGGUCCUAAGGUUAAAGAUUGGUGUGAAGAGGAUUUGAAGAAUAAGGAGCCAACUGUUACUGCAAAAGAAGAAAGCCAUCAAAGUGGGGAAGCUAUUGGCAAGAAUGAUCGUGGAAAUGAGGGGCUAAAGUGGAAGCGAGGCCGACCAAAAGGUUCAAAGAAUAAGAGAAAACUUUUUUUUGGCAAGGCGCCUGUGAGGAAGAAGUAUAAAAUUAACAAGCCUUGUGCACAGAUAGAACAGGGAGAAGGAAAUAAUUUGAAAAUGAGCCACAGUGUUUCAGGUAAGCAUCUUCAAGGCAGUGUAAACAUGAAAAAGAAAAUACUAGUAGCUGGCAUUCGGGGCAGUUUAACAGCUGAUUUCGGCAAUGCUCAAAAGAAGAGUAGAGGGAGGAAAAAGAAGCCUAGUAGUCAAUCAGAAACUUCAGUUUCAUCAGAUGAUACAAGCCAGAAGCAUGUGCGGAGGGGUUUGAUGUGCCACCAAUGCUGGAGGCCUGAUAGGAGUGUUGUCAAUUGUUCCAAAUGCAAAAAGAAACGCUAUUGCUAUGAAUGCCUUGCAAAAUGGUAUUCAGAGCAAACAAGAGAGGACAUAGAAGUUGCUUGUCCAUUUUGUCGAGGCAAUUGUAAUUGCAGAUUAUGCCUCAGGGAGAAAUUAGUUGUCACAGAUGAGCACGAGGAAGUAGAUACAAGUAUCAAACUGCAAAAGUUGCUUUAUUUGCUACACAAAAUUCUGCCUCUCCUUCGGCAUAUACAACAGGAGCAACAUGCUGAAUUAGAGGUGGAAACCAGUAUACGCGGUGUGCAAUUGACAGAACAAGAUAUAAUGGUAUCUGUCUUAGAUGAUGAUGAUCGGGUCUAUUGUGACAAUUGCAAUACAUCCAUAGUCAAUUUCCACAGAAGCUGCCCAAAUCCUGAUUGUUCUUAUGAUCUAUGUAUCACAUGUUGUCAUGAAAUUAGAAAAGGAUCUCGGCCUGGAGGUAAUGAAGCAAAAUUCUCUCACCAGCAGUCUGUUGAAAGAGUAAAUGGUCAAGCUACAGAUUCAGAUGACCAGAUUCGUACAGUGAGAGUAAGAUGUGAUUGGAAGAGCCUUGUGUCAACUGAGUGCACAUCUGGCAUGUCAUGUAACUCUCUUGAUUGGAGAGCUGAGGCAGAUGGUAGGAUUCCUUGUCCUCCAAAAGGAAGGGGCGGUUGUGGUAGUGAGACUCUUUCACUAAGACGCUUCUUUGGAGCUAAUUCGGUUGAUCAACUGAUUCAGAAUGCUGAGGAGCUUACUGUCAAUUUUCAGUUACCUGAUAUUGAGUUUUCUGAAGGAUGUUCUAUGUGUCUUACUAGCAACUCUGCAGCAAAUGAAGCAGAAAAUUUUGAAGUUAGGCAGGCAGCUUAUAGAGAGAACAGUCAUGACAAUUUUGUGUACUGCCCAAAUGCUAUCCAGUUGGAAGACAAUAAUAUUCAGCAUUUUCAAAUGCAUUGGAUGCGAGGUGAACCUGUUAUUGUUAGAAAUGUACUUGAAAAAAGUUCUGGUCUUAGUUGGGAGCCCAUGGUUAUGUGGAGGGCUUUCAUAGGUGCAAAAAAGAUAUUAAAAGAGGAGGCAAAGAGGGUUAAGGCAAUUGAUUGCUUGGAUUGGUGUGAGGUUGAAAUAAAUAUAAGGCGGUUCUUCAAAGGCUACUUGGAGGGUCGUAGGUAUAGGAACGGAUGGCCAGAGAUGUUGAAGUUGAAGGAUUGGCCUGCAUCAAAUUCAUUUGAAGAGUGUUUGCCAAGGCAUGGUGCUGAAUUUAUUGCUAUGCUUCCUUUUAAAGAUUAUACUCAUCCAAAUUCCGGUAUCCUGAACCUUGCUACCAAACUUCCUGCUGUAUUGAAGCCGGAUUUGGGGCCCAAAACUUACAUUGCUUAUGGAUCUUUGAAAGAACUUGGCAGAGGUGAUUCAGUGACUAAACUACAUUGUGACAUUUCUGAUGCGGUUAAUGUGCUAACUCACGCGACUGAUGUGAAGAUUCCCCCGUGGCAGACUAAAAUCAUAGAUAAAUUGCAGAAGAAAUAUGAAGCUGAAAACAUGCAUCCACGCUGCUGUGGUCGGACACGGAAGGUGUCACAGAUAUUGGGAAGAAAGCGGCGAAAGAGACCUCAUAAGGGUGGAAGCAAGAAUCCUGAAUAUUCUGCAAAAGUAGACAAUAUGGCAAGCAAGAUUGAGGAUGUUGCUGAGAGUAGUUUCUCCUUGCCAGGUGUCGAUACAUGCUCCAACUCUGCUGCCAUUGGAGAACUUCAAUCUACACAUCAGCUUGAUGCUAAACACGGAAUGAUUGAGGAAAUGAUGUGUAAUGAAAAACAGAACCACAAUAUUGAAGGGGAAACACAUAAUAUCAUCGAGGGAGGUUCUCUUAAUCGAAUUGAGGAUUUAGGGUCUGUAAGACCUGAUACAAAUACGACUAGAGAGUCUGUUACAGAAAAUCAGUCUUCAGACAAUGCACAUGGUGGUGCUGUUUGGGAUAUUUUCCGUAGGGAGGAUGUACCUAAGUUAAUUGAAUACUUAUGGAAGCAUCAGAAAGAAUUCCAUCACAUAAGUAACCUUCCUGUAAAUUCUGUUUUUCAUCCUAUUCAUGAUCAGACCCUUUAUCUCAGUGAGAGACAUAAAAAGCAGCUGAAGGAGGAGUUCAAUGUUGAACCUUGGACAUUUGAGCAACAUGUUGGUGAAGCUGUUUUCAUUCCUGCAGGAUGCCCGCAUCAAGUAAGAAAUAGACAGUCAUGCAUUAAAGUAGCCCUUGAUUUUGUGUCCCCCGACAAUGUGCAAGAAUGCAUCCGAUUGACAGAAGAGUUCCGCUUACUCCCCAAAACCCAUAGAGCUAAAGAAGAUAAAUUGGAGGUGAAGAAGAUGGCAAUAUAUGCUGCAAAUCUUGCAGUAAGGGAGGCCAAAAAACUGAGUACAAACCUCAAGUAAGGUCAAGUUUGCUGUUUAACUCUUAUCUCCUGCUGAUGAUUGUAAUUUAGUUUAACUCUUGGAAAUAAUGUGUUUGGAGACUUCGCAUAAUUUUUAGAUGUCAUUUUCAGCAA